AUGUCAGCUUACUGUUAUCAAUCAGACGAGGAGCAGAAGAGCAAAGUUGUACCAAUGUUUGUGACUGAACAGGAUUGUGCAAUUCGCGAAAAUCCGCUCGAGUUCACAUACGUUUAUUCAUAUUUUAUCCGGCCUGCUGGAAAAUUUGAUCCAGAAGAAUACGCUCAAUACGUACAACCAAUAGCAGCCGUGAACUCAGUUCAACAGUUCUGGAGAGUGUAUCGACAUUUGAAGAGGCCAUGCGAUAUUGGUGACAAAGUCGAUAUUCAUUUCUUCAAGAAAAAUAUCAAACCUGUAUGGGAAGAUCGCGACAACGUCAAGGGUGGUAAAUGGAUCUUGAGACUGAAGAAAGGGUUAUCUUCUCGAGUUUGGGAAAAUCUUCUUCUCGCCAUGAUCGGCGAACAAUUUUUAGUCGGUGAAGAAAUCUGUGGAGCCGUCUGCUCAAUCAGGAACCAGGAAGAUAUUGUUUCUCUGUGGAACAGGACCGCUUCUGACGUUGGAGUUACUAAUCGAAUCAGAGAUACGCUUAGACGAGUAUUGAAUCUACCCAUUAAUGCAGUUCUCGAAUAUAAGCGACACGAUGAUUGUCUGAAAGAUCAAAGCAGUUACCGUCACGCUAAUGUGGGGGUUCCCCGAAGAGUUUAA